AUGGCUGUGGGAAAAAGAACGAGUUUGAGAACCAAGUUGGAAAAACGGGUGCGAGGGGGGACUGGUGCGAUCAGCAAGAGUGAUUCCAGGCCGGUCAAACAGGUGCUGGCCAAGUCGUCGUUACGGCGUCAGAAACGCAAGCUUCGUGACCAGCUCAAGCCCAAACUUGAGGAGCUCGCCACCGCACUGGACGUGCCCGACAAGCCAAAGCUGGACCACACGCCCAACGCUCACAAACGCGGCGCGCGCGCAGUGGAGAAGGGCGAGAUCCAGCGGUUCGGACUGGUUUUGAAGGACAAAACGUUCAGAAGUAGUCCGUUCGAUGCUUUAAAAAGAGCCAUUGCCGCAAGCCAGACCGACGCUGCGUCCGCGUCGAAAUAG